AUGGACUCGGCACCGCUCACCCUCAGAAUCCUCCAGCUCACCCCCCCCACCCUCAUCCCCUCCUCCCAGCCCCCGACCUCAUCCUCCAUCCCUCCCAUCCCCUUCCCGCCCCCGACCCCGACCCAUGAUUUCGCAUUCUCCCCCACCCCAAACUACCCCCCUCCCCUCGGCAGCAUCUACAUGGGCUCCCAGCUCGCCUGCCGGGUAGCCCUCGAAAACACCCACCGCCAGCGAUACCCCGUCCUCGGCGUCAAGAUGAUGCUCGAACUCCAAACGCCCACCACCCGCACCCGGCUGGGCGAAGUCAUCCACCGCAAGCCCUCCAUGGCAGCUUCGGCUUUAGAGGAAGAGAGGAACAGGGUGGAGCCUGUGAAACCGGGGGAGGAAGACAUUCCAGAGUUGGCGUUUGGGGAGAGGGUCGAGUUGAGCGCGGAGACUGAGGUGAAGGAUCUGGGGCUUGGGGUGGUUAUUGCAAUCACACCGUUGAGUAUCAAGACCCGUAUCCAAUCCCCCACCCACCCCAACACCCUCCUCUCCCCUUCUCUCCGGCACCAAACCUUCCUCGAAGUGCUCAUGCAAAACACCUCGCCCACCGAAUCUCUACUCCUCUCCACCGUCGGGCUCCAGCCGAUCGAAGGGCUGGUGGUGGACAAGGUCAGCGGGGAUGCCCUCGGCUUGGAGGGCGAAGAGCUCAAAGUCGGGGAUGUUAGGCAAUACUUGUUUGUCCUCUCUCCCAUCUCUCCCCCGAGUAAGACGGAAAAAGGGGAAGAGGUGUCAAAGUUCCCACCGACGCAUGCGCCAGGCGAGAUCCUGCCUCUCGGACGAUUAUCCAUCUCGUGGAUCUCUGGGCCAUAUCAUACGCCAGGGAACUUGUUGACGUCAAUGUUGAAUCGGAGAGCACCGGCUUUGGCCUCGCUUCCUGCGGCUGCUUCGACAGCAGGGGCGAGGGAUAGUCUGAAACCACCGGGUAAAGGACCUGCUCCAGGGCCUGCAACGCCAGGCAAACUGCCAGUCCACCAACCUUUGCCCAUCCCGGCCUCUCCAUCCCCUCUCCGACGCGACCCUUCUUCUUCCGAACACCCUCUGCCUGUCAUCCCGUCUGGCGCGGAUAAUGGGGAAGAGACGAAAUGGACAUAUGAUCUCGUCAUGCUCUCCGGCAGACGAGGUCUGAAGAAAGAAAACACCUGCCCUCUCAAAUUCAGGUUGUCUAUAAGGUCGGCGGAGGUUAUAAACGCUUCUUUGAUCUCUGGGAAGAAACCAACCCUGCCGAAAUUGGCUAUCCAAUACCUCACCCCCCUCCUCCCUCCCACCGCAACGCACCCCCACCCCCACAACUCUACCGUCCCCCAACUAGCCAUCUCCGCACCAUCCCUCCCCCGUACACCUCUUUCCCAUCCACCUCCCUCCGCCCGCUCAUUCACCCCUUCAUCCGCCCCCACCGCCUUGGGGUACACUGCCCAAGGCCAAGGGUCGACCAGCCGCCCGAUGACGCCUUUGAGGGCGGAACUCAAGUCUGCCGUCGGGGGGUUUAUCAAUAACGGUACUGGUAGCAGUCGGCCCGGUACGCCUACGGCGACGUCGACGGCGGUCGCUGUAGCUGAUAAACGCGAGUCCCUACAGCCUCAUGGCUCUUCCACCCGCCCCGCCCUUUCUGGGCCGUCCGAGCUCCAGGGAGGCGAGAAUGUACUAAUGGGCACAAGAGCCCCCUGGCCUCCCUCCCCGCAUGUUGCGUUCAAUAGUCCGUACAGGCCUGCGGCUUAUCCAGCUGCGAUGGGGGUGGCAGCUGCCAUGUCCCGGAUCGGUUCUGGGCAAUCGCACACUUCAGCUUCAGGCCGAGGUCGGGAAGCCGCUCUUGCCGCUUCAGGAGGAGGAGGGGAAGCGAAGGUGGUGGAGGUGUAUCAUAUGGGUAAUUCGUUGACGUUCUUGGAUGUUGGAGAAGGAGAAGGAGAAGGGGAGGGAGAGGUGAGGGAGGUGGUGGAUUGGUCUUCUAUCCCUCCACCUUUACUUGAGCCUGCUCCUGCUCCUGCUCCCGACCUUUCAGCAGAAAAGGCCGAAGAAGGAGCAGACAAAAGCGAGGGCGAGAAUACCCCGAUCCCCGAGAUCAAACCCUCAACACAGGAGGGCAAAAAGUACUGGGAAGCCUCUGUAGAAUGGUCCUGGGACUUUAUGGGGUGGGAUACUGGGGUUGGCGUGCUGGGUGGAUUGAGGGUAUUGCGGUUUGCUGAUGACGCCGACCAUGGUGAGAAGGGGGAGGUCGUGGAUGGGGAAACCGCGGACAGGACGAGUGGAUGUCGUGGUCAGAAGGGUACUGUUGAGCGAGAGUGGGAUUGUUUGGGCGAUGUUUGGGUUGUUUAA